UGUAGCUGCAGAGACAACUGACUCUGGGGAGCAUCUAGGGGACAUGGAACCAAAGAAAAUCAGAGAAGGUUACCUUGUGAAAAAGGGCAGCAUGUUCAAUAGCUGGAAACCCAUGUGGGUUGUGUUGCAGGAAGAUGCUAUUGAAUUCUACAAGAAGAAAAGUGACAACAGUCCCAAAGGAAUGAUCCCUUUAAAAGGAAGUACUCUUACCAGCCCCUGUCAAGACUUUGGUAAAAGAAUGUUCGUGUUUAAACUCGCCACAACCAAACAGCAAGACCACUUUUUCCAGGCUGCCUACCUGGAGGAGAGAGAUGCCUGGGUGAGAGACAUUAAGAAGGCUAUUAAGUGCAUUGAAGGAGGCCAGAAAUUUGCUAGGAAAUCCACCAGGAGGUCCAUUCGACUGCCAGAAACCAUUGACUUAAGUGCCCUAUAUUUAUCCAUGAAGGAUGCUGACAAAGGAGUGAAGAACUGAAGCUGGGAGAAGGACAAGAAGGUGUUCAACCACUGUUUUACAGGUAACUGUGUGAUUGACUGGCUAUUAUCUAAACAAUCUGUUCGAAAUCGUCAGGAAGGUCUCAUGAUAGCAUCUUCACUGCUAAAUGAAGGUUUCCUACAGCCUGCUGGGGACUUAUCCAAGAAUGCAGUUGAUGGAACUGCUGAAACCUCCUUCCUUGACAACCCUGAUGCUUUUUACUACUUUGCAGACAGUGGGUUCUUCUGUGAAGAGAAUUCCAGUGAUGAUGAUGUGAUUUUGAAGGAAGAAUUCAGAGGAAUAAUCAUUAAGCAAGGGUGCCUACUGAAGCAGGGGCAUCGAAGAAAGAAUUGGAAAGUGAGGAAGUUCAUUCUGAGGGAGGACCCUGCCUAUUUACACUACUAUGAUCCUGCAGGGGGAGAAGAUCCACUAGGGGCAAUUCAUUUGAGAGGCUGUGUGGUCACUGCAGUGGAGAAUACCCCUGAUGCUAAGAAGAGUGGUGACGAAAACCUUUUUGAGAUCAUCACAGCUACUGAAGUUCAUUAUUUCUUACAAGCUGCCUCCCCUCAGGAGCGCACGGAGUGGAUCAAAGCCAUUCAGGUGGUCUCCCGGACUGGGAAGUGAGAAGGAACCUUCAGCUCCAACACAAUUUCCACAGGCUCAGUCAUCCAGGCCUCUCCUGGGGCCAUCCAAACAGGAGGAAAGGAAGACCUAAACAGAGGGGAUUCUGAAUGUAACUAGCCCCUAUCUGAUGAUUCCUUUGUUCUUACUUUCACCCAGCUCCUUUGUCUAUCAGCCUUCCUUGCUCAGGUACAACCACCUUUGUGACCACGGGCAAGUCAGUUAUCCUCUUCCAUGCCUGGUAUCCUCACCUGCAAGAAGAUGGAGAGGACUAAUGUCUAAUGAUCAUAAUAGUGAUGGAUACCUUUUCAACAAUGGGUAUGAAGUGGCUACCCUUUGAACAAAACAAAUGGCCUUCCUCUGUUAGAUGAGAACACACAGCUGCUUCCAAAUGUGUUAUAUACCUGAGAAAAUGCUUCCUUCUCAAAAAUCCUGAAAAAUGAGUAAUGAGUGACUAGUCCAUCAACACUUUUUUCCUUAACUUAUUCUGCUCUCUCCCUCUUUCUAGGGGACAAUAGUAAGGUGUAUUUAAUCAGUUUGUCUUUUUUAACCUGGGUGGAGGUGUUUGUAGACCUGUAUUAAAAAAGACUCUCAUUUCAUUGGUUGAAAGCCUCACUAGA